GCGUGGCGGACGGAUCGGACUCAGGGUCAUAGCGCGCCGGCGCAGCCGCACGGACGGAUCGCAUUGAGGGACAUACCACAGUGCCGCACUCCGCACCGAGGAAAGAGGGAGGGAAACUCCGGGCCAGAGACAAAGGGGGGGAGCCGAGUGGGGAACAUCCGGGUCACUCGCUGCCGCCUCAAUCCGGGACACGCGCGGGUGCUGCGGCCGCUCACGAGGGACUCCAAAUAUGUCUGGCAUAGCCCUCAGCAGACUUGCACAGGAGAGAAAAGCCUGGAGAAAAGAUCAUCCAUUUGGAUUUGUAGCAGUACCUACAAAAAAUCCAGAUGGCACAAUGAAUCUAAUGAACUGGGAGUGUGCUAUUCCAGGAAAGAAAGGGACACCGUGGGAAGGAGGCUUAUUUAAACUACGGAUGCUUUUCAAGGAUGACUACCCUUCUUCACCCCCAAAAUGUAAAUUUGAACCACCAUUAUUCCAUCCGAAUGUGUAUCCUUCAGGCACAGUGUGUCUCUCCAUCUUAGAGGAAGAUAAGGAUUGGAGGCCAGCAAUCACAAUUAAACAGAUCUUGUUAGGAAUACAAGAACUUCUAAAUGAACCAAAUAUUCAAGAUCCAGCUCAAGCAGAGGCUUACACAAUUUACUGCCAAAACAGAGUGGAAUAUGAAAAAAGGGUUCGAGCACAAGCCAAGAAGUUUGCACCAUCAUAAGCAUCUGUCAUGCAGCAUCUUAAAAAGGAAGGGAUUGGUUUGGCAAGAACUUGUUUACAAAACUUUUGCAAAAUCUAAUGUUGCUAUGUACAAUUAAUAUCCACUUAGGGGAGGGGGUUGUAUGUGUGCCAUUUUCCAUAUUCGCCACUUGUAUACAGUUCUAAAUUUGCUGAAUUGCCCCCAGUUUUUUCAUACAGGGUCUCUUCCUUCAGUCUUUUGUAUUUUUGAUUGUUAUGUAAAACUUGCUUUUAUUUUAAUAUUGAUGUCAGUAUUUCAACUGCUGUAAAAUUAUAAACUUUUAUACUUCUACAAAUUCACUAGUAUCUCUAGUUACUUUGCUAUCUGAUGCAGGCAUGCUUUAAAAUGUUUAGAACUAUAUUUAGCCUCUAGCUGGCUGUAUGAAAAAAACCAUGCCCUCCACCCCCUUCCCUCCCUGAAUUUGUUUUUCUAUCUUUCAGAAAAUAGGUUGUUACUGCUUAAGAGCCUCUGAGAUCCAAAGUCAGCCAGCAUCUUUAUUCUGCAUCACUUCCUUUGUGUUUAUAUGGCGUUCUGUCUGUGUUGCUGUUUAGAGUAAAUAAACUGUUUAUAUAAAGGG